ACAGAGUCGGACUCACGGGCAAGACGGAUUGGAGGGAGGGAAAAGAGUGAGAGAGCGGACAAGACGGGAGAGAGUGCGGGCUGAUCACAGGCUGCUAACAAGAGAAAGCGAGUUGGAGAGAGGCAGAGGAGCCAAAACAUCUGAAAGUUUUAAACCUGUGAACGCGGUUGGUGAUGCGAAGCAAGACUGGGGGUUCCUCCAACAUGUGGAAGCAAAACAAAUUCCACAUCAUGGACUGAUUCAGACAGAGACAGAUUUAGGUUUUACCGCUGGGGGAGGGCAUUCUGUCGUAUUCUUAUUUGGAGAGGAUGGAAAUAUAAAAAGGUAGGAGACUAUUAUAAAAGAUACAAAACUAAGGUCUGCAAAGACUGAGAUGCUUCGACGUUAAACUGCACUUUUCUGUGUUUAAGCAAGUUGAAAUGUAGCGGCUUGGAAAAAAUUCUCUAGUUGAAACGUCAAGAAGGAAGUUAAAUGUACUCCUUCAGGAGCAGUGGAUGACAAGAGUUUCAACUGCCUGGGAAAGUGAGGACCCCUGAGAAUCUCCUUGCGGAAGUACCAACCGUGUUUGGAUUAUUGCCAGCCGUGGAGUUUGUAUUGUGGACCUGUUUUUUUUUGUCCCCUCCAAGCAGUGGAUUCUCAACUGAUUUUGAGUUACUCUUGUUUGUACAGUGCACAAGGCAUGAAGCAUCCUGUGCAUUGACCCUGAGCUUUCCUGAGCCUGUGGGACGCAGUGACCAUGCUGACCGAGUGUCCAACACCAGAAAGAUCAGAGCCCCGACCCACAUUAAGGCCAGCUGUAACCUCUGCAGCACCAUGUCUCAAGCAGUUGUGGCACCACUCGAGGCUAACAACUCACAGCCAGGAGCAGUACCUGAGGCCCAGCUGAAAUGGGCUGCUCUGCUCAUUGUUAUGGUCAUCAUCCCCACUAUUGGAGGAAACAUCCUGGUCAUUCUUGCGGUGUCCCUUGAAAGAAAGCUGCAGAACGCCACCAACUACUUUCUGAUGUCGCUUGCUGUGGCUGAUCUGUUGGUGGGACUCCUAGUAAUGCCCAUUGCCCUCGUCACUGUUCUCUACAACUCAGGCUGGCCUCUUCCGGAGCCCCUCUGCCCCAUUUGGCUGUUCCUCGAUGUGCUGUUUUCUACUGCAUCCAUCAUGCACCUAUGCGCCAUUUCACUGGAUCGCUACAUUGCCAUAAAGAAGCCAAUCCAACACAGCCAGUACAAAUCCAGAGCCAAAGCGAUGGUGAAGAUUGGACUGGUGUGGCUAAUAUCCAUUUGUAUCGCAAUACCUAUUCCAAUUAAGGGGCUUAAGAACUACCAUCUUCCCAACAACAUCACCUUCAACAGCAAUCACACAUGCAUGCUGAAAACAGACACCUUCCGGGAGUUUAUCAUGUUUGGCUCCUUGGCGGCAUUCUUCAUCCCUCUGACCAUCAUGAUGGUCAUCUACCUACUUACUGUCCAGGUGUUGAGGAAAAAGGUUUAUUUGCUCAGGUCAAAGGUGACUCAGCGUUUUAGCUACCCGACAGUCUCAACAGUUUUUCAAAGAGAAACGGCGGCGACUCCACCUCAAACUGAUCAACUUAACAUGCUGGAAAGCACACUUCCAAGGAUGCAAGAAAAAACAUAUGUAGACACAACAAACACUCCUACAGAAGAUGAAAUGUCCUUUCGGAGAAUGUCAACUAUGGGCAAGAAGUCAAUGCAGACUCUUAGCAAUGAGCAGCGCGCCUCAAAGGUGCUAGGCAUCGUCUUCCUCCUGUUUGUAGUAAUGUGGUGCCCUUUCUUCAUUACCAAUAUCACCUCUGUGCUAUGCACAAGCUGUGAUGUUCAUGUAAUCGCCCGCCUGAUGGAGAUUUUUGUUUGGGUGGGUUAUGUGUCAUCAGGCAUCAACCCGUUGGUCUACACCCUAUUCAACCAAACUUUCAGGCAAGCGUUCACGCGUUACAUGACCUGCAAUUACGAAACCUCUGCUAGUCAUGGGCCGGGAAGGCACCCAAGGGCAUCAAAUGCAGAUCGGACCCUUACACGGAUUUCAUUCAGAUCUUCCAUGGCAGAAAACUCUAAACUAUUCAUGAAGCGGGGCAUGAAGAAUGGCAUUGGAGCAGUUGGCUACCAAAGUCCACUGAGGUGCCGACAAGCACCUGUACGGUCGUCUGGUGGUGUGUUAGAUACAAUGCUUCUGACUGAAAAUGAAGCUGGUAAGCAGGCGGAACAUGUUAGCUGUGUAUAGAGAGACCAGACAAUUGAAUCAAAUUAAAAAAGGUAGCACUUGAAAUGGAUCAAAAUAAUGGUGCAAACCUUUUAAUCUCUUUAAAGACAAAGGCUAAGCUCAAAACAAAUAUUCAAAAUGCAUAAUUCUGAAUCGGCUAUUACUCUCAAUUUGAUUGCCAAAUAAUUUAACGCUAGUGUACUGUACUGUACACUUCACAACAACAAAAUGUAACUUGUUGCUGUCUGGUUUGUUUACAUGAGUAAUUUCUUUUUUUUUUUAAACAAAAAGCAAAAUAAGGCAAUGUUUUCAAUUAUGAUCAUUUUAGAAACACAAAUUUCAUCUAUAAGGCAAACUAUUACAUGUGAAUAUAUAAUAUUUCUCACUGGGUCUUUACGAAAGGCCAUAUUAAUAAUGUGAAGUCAGUUCAAAGUGUACCAGAAGAAAGUUUGAGUUUUCAAACGUUAUAAAACCUUGAGAUGACCUGUAACAGGUCGACUAAAAAAA